UUUCAAACCAAAACCAAAAAGCCUACUUUCUAUGAUCUGAUUGAGUUGAAUUUCAAGUGACUUUUAAUUGCAUCUCUUUCGUUUCGGUGGCGAUGAAGAAGAGGAACAGAAAUGGCGAAAUUUGGGACUUCGAGCACGAAAUGCCGGUGGUCGCCGGCGCCGGAGACGUGAUACUGGGACUCGACGGCGGCACCACUUCCACCGUCUGCAUUUGCAUGCCGAUCAUCCCCUUCUCCGACUCUCCCUCCGACCCUCCGCCGGUUCUCGCCCGCGCCGUCGCCGGCUGCUCCAACCACAACAGCGUCGGCGAAGCUGCUGCCAGGGAAACGUUGGAGAAAGUUAUGGCAGAUGCACUUUUGAAGUCGGGUUCAAACCGAUCUGCGGUACGAGCUGUUUGUCUAGCUGUCUCUGGUGUAAACCAUCCAACGGACCAGCAAAGAAUACUGAAUUGGCUUAGGUAUAUAUUCCCAAGCCAUGUAGGACUAUAUGUUCAGAAUGACGCUGUGGCAGCACUUGCUAGUGGCACUAUGGGAAAACUCCAUGGAUGUGUUUUGAUAGCUGGUACGGGGACUAUUGCUUAUGGAUUCACAGAAGAUGGCAGAGAAGCUAGAGCUGCUGGAGCGGGGCCUAUCUUAGGUGAUUGGGGAAGUGGAUAUGGAAUAGCUGCACAGGCAUUAACUGCAGUGAUAAAGGCCCACGACGGCCGUGGUUUAGAAACAAUGCUUACAUCUAGCAUUUUAGAAACGCUUGGCCUUUCUUCUCCCGAUGAACUGAUCGGGUGGACUUAUGCAGAUCCAUCUUGGGCUCGCAUUGCAGCACUUGUCCCGGUUGUCGUAUCUUGUGCUGAGGCUGGCGACGAUGUUGCAAAUAGGAUUUUAUAUGAUUCAGUCCACGACUUGGCAUCAAGUGUGAAAGCUGUUGUGCAAAGACUCGGCCUGUGUGGUGAAGAUGGAAAACACUCCUUUCCUCUUGUCAUGGUUGGCGGUGUUCUUGAGGCAAAUAAAAGAUGGGAUAUAGGAAAAGAAGUCAUAAGGUGCAUCUCUAAGUACUAUCCGGGGACAAUUGCAAUUAGGCCUAAGGUGGAGCCUGCAGUUGGUGCGGCGUUGUUAGCUUGGAACUUUUUCAUGAAAGAAUCUCUGAGAGGAAACUUAAGCUGACUAUUGAAGAUUUGUAGGUCGAUCAAUUUCAAUUGUACAGAGGAAAAACAAUCAAGAAAGUGGGAACACGCAGUCAUUAUCAAAUUUACCCAUGUAGUAUUGGUAUAUGGUCUGCCCAAUUGUUUUGGCAGGCGAAAUUUUUUUGGAUGUAUAUUUUUAGUCCAUGCAAAUAUUGUGACAGUUUCAUGUGUAUCAGAAUUCUUAUUCAUAUACCAGUGAACAGGGUAAUAGUUUGAAUUAUGAUAAGGCCGUCAUUUGCUUAC